GAAAAGGCUGCAAUAAAUUAGUUAUGGCAGGGCGAGUCGAUUGGCGUCCCCCAGGUCAUAUUUAACAGAUUUUUUAUUUUAAAAACCACUCGUUGCCUGAUAUCAAAGUGCGUCUGUGAAACAGGUUCAGCGGUGACUUUAACAACGCUCCAGCGAGCAACAGCAGUAGUGUAUUCCUCGUAAUGCUGGUGUUUUUGUCGAGGCUUGUUGAUGAUGAUAAACGUAUUUAAUGUGCUGUGAUUAUGUUUGGUUAAUCAGUGAUUAAUCAGCGCAAUGCGAUGCAAUCAACCUAUAUUAUUUAUUUAUUUAUGUAUUUGUUUGUUUGUUUGUUAUUAUUUUUUAUUUAUUUAUUAAUAAAUAAAUCAAUCAGUGAUGCUGACGUCAUUGUAAGGCGCGAUCCCAAGGUCCACUGCGAUUUCCCGCUUGGUCCUUCAAAUUUGCCAGCUUCCAACAUUCUCCUUUAUUUUAACCUCCCUCCACACACACACACACACACACACACACACACACACACACACAAACCAAAGGCACUUUUAAGAGCCACGUCUGUCUUGUUAACCUGUACUUGUCUCUCUGUAGCUCGCUCUCUCUCUCUCUCUCUCUCCCUCUGUUUACAUCUCUAGUUGUCGUAUCUGUCCUUCUUUGUUGUGAGUCUUUCUGUCUGUUUGUGUUUCUGCCCAUCACCAUGAGUGAUUCAGAACUCCAAGAACAGUUUAUGAAGCUGGAUAACCUGGUUGAUCAUCAAGAACUCAAUGAUGAACUCCAAAGUCUUGAUGACUUGCUCGGUGAGCUGCAGGAAGAGGAGGAAGCAGCACCAGUAAAGACACCUGAACCAAGGGUGCAUUGGAGAAAGAGAGACAUUGAUGGAAACAUUGUCUAUGCAAGGCCAAGAUCAAGCAGGAAUCAGUCAAAUAAGGCUGAUCACAUUCGGAAAACUGAUCCUCCCAUCAAUGCUCCUGACACUAACUGUGAGGUGACCUUUGCUCCAGAGACUGUUGAGUGUUUUCUGCAAGAUCUCCAGCACUCACUGAGCGAUAUCUCAGAUGAUGAGGCAUCACCUCUUGAAACCUCAAGAGAUCCUCUCCCAGCUUCCUCGAACUGGAGCACACGACAAAGUCUCUUCUCAGAGAGGUGGAGGGCAGAGAGACCUCGUCUGGUGAACACCGCUGCGGCACAAGAAAAUGUGGCAACAUGCAUCUCCCAACAGUGUGGGAGCAAUCCAGCUGCUGUCCGGUGUGGUGACUGUCGACCACGACCCUUCUACUGUGCUGAAUGUGAUGUCAGCAUGCACACCAGACAUGUUCUCCAUAACCGAGAUGCCAUGACCCCUGGACUCUACCAGCCACUGCCUCCAACAACUUUUGUUGUAGAUAAGGCUCUUUCCCAUUGUGUACGGCUUGUACCUGUGGAGAUUCCUGACAAAAUGUGUGGUUGUUCAUCAGAGUCAUUGAGGGUCAGCCCAGGGAAGACUGUUGCUGUGAUCACAAUGAAUAAGGGUGUGAAGAUAAAAAUCUAUACAUGCUCUACUCCCAUAAGUUUGGCACAGGACGAUAUGAUCUAAGCAUGCCUGAGUUGAGUUGUGAGGCAUGCCAAGCCCCUUGGGCUGCUGGACUGGUCGACCUAAAUCGAAGUGACUACUGGCCUGCGACCCUUCACUUUGCCACAAUUUAUGCCACAGAUGUCUUUUUCUCAUUUGAAGAAAUGAAGAUGGCAGCACCAGGACUGUAAGAAUGCUGGAUCAGCGAACUGUCCGCUUUGGUCGUACUGGCAAGAUCUCCACAGACAGUUUUCAGAAACGUUUCUUUGAGUGGGAGGCUGUGCGAUAUGAGGUGGACAAAAUCUGCAAGGAAGAGCCCUUUAUCUGUCCUGCGUGCACCCCAGAUAUGCUGGCAGUUUCAGUAGAUGGAAACCGCAAGCAUUAGCGUUUUAAGAAUGCAGCUGGAUCUGAAGAACAGGCCAUCUUUGAAGACGUCUUUAUAGCUAAGGAUGAAGAUGUGACAAGAUUUGUGGACUACAUUCACAAGACAUCCAAACAUGUCAGUGGAAGAGGUGUUUGUGGAGGGGAGUGGUCAGCAGCCAGAGAGACCUCCCAAAGAUCUGCAAGCAAGGUAGACGAGGAGGGAUUGGAGCUUGCGGUGUGUCGACACGGAGUGCUGCUCUGUGCUUUAA